AUGGAGGGGUUUCUACACCAUAUGGCGCCGCAGUUUUUGCAUCCUGCACUACAGAGCUUCGGAUGUGGCGCUUUCCGGCCUAUUGGGGGUGCUUUCCACCCUCUGUACCCGGGCAAAGCCUUUGCUAGACAUCUCGGAGAGCAAUACGCGCUCGGUCAAAGCGUCGGACAAGCACUAAGGAGCGUACGCGACGACACGAGUACUCCGCCGCUGUACCGACACAGUUACACGGCGCGCGACGACACAAGCUCGCCCGGUUCUGCCGCCUCCGCCUCCCCGAGGCCCUGCAAGGAUGACGAGACACCGGCCGCGGCCACAUGCACCGACUCGCAUGAUUUCUUUUCGCCCGACGGUGAACGCAAAUCGUCUUGUGGGGUAUGCGGCGCGCGACUCGGUCCCGGCGUGGCUCAGGCGCACUUCCUGCAGGAGCUACAGCAUUUGUACAGCCUGAGCGCUCUGCCGCGGGAGACGUUGCCGCCCUCCCACGCACUUCAACACCAGGACGAGGAUGCGCGGUGGGAGACAUACCAGCGUAUUCGUGCAAAUCGGCAGCGUCGCCUCAAGCUACGUACGAGGAAACGACACCACACAGUGGAGAGUAUGCUUGGAUACGACUUAGAAGAGGAACGUCGGGAGGAGAGGCCACGCGAAUCUCGACCUUAUGAUGCCGAAGAUGAACCAGUAGACGUUGAAGGAGACUCGCUGGGCUGGCCUGAGGCGGCCAUCAAUGUUGACGAUAAAGAACAACGUCCCGACAGCGACAAGUUGCAUAUGAACUACGUUGAGGAUCUCGAAAUAUCGAGCACAAACGACGCCAUGCAGUCACCAGAACGCGUGAGGAUCGAAACUCCGAAGCCGUUGGCGUUGGAGUGCACCAAGACGUGUGAGGGCCUCGAGCGUCCGGCCGAGGUGACCACGUCCGAGCCGUGGCCGACGACCGCGACUACUGCUGCUACGGCCACAGACGCUUGGCCGACCCUCGCCGCCGAAGCGUACAUUCAGGCUACGCGCCACAAGAUUGACGGAGAAAACAUCCCGUCCUCCACAGACUCUCGCAACUAA